AUGUCGGAAGACUUUGAUAUAUAUGGGGAUCUCGAGCACAUCGAGCAGGAAGCUAAACAGGAAAGCCAACAGCUUGUGGCGCUACAGCAAAAGAUAAAAGAACUUCAGGAAAAGGUGAAUGCGGUAGAACAAGAGAAAACAGACAUCGUUCGAAAGAAUGAAAUAUUGCUCGAAAAUGUGUCAUCGCUGCUGCUGACCGCCAAAGCUGAGAUCAAAAGAAAGGAUGCAACAAUUAGUGACUUAAGUAAACAGUGUGAUAAUGUCGUGUUCAGGCGAAACGACCAUGUUGCUAAAAGUGUAAAGUAUGAAACUAAGUUUACUCAAACAACGUUACCGCAUCCGGCUUAUGUCGAAGCACAAAAUCGCUCCGUUGAAUGUAGCGAUCGUAAACGAAGCAAAAGUAGGAUUGAUGACGUUAGAGAAUCGAACCACAACCGGGAUCGUGAGCAGGAUUGGGUGCACAAAAGCAAAGUAAUUUCAGAGCGAGAUCGAAGUCACUGUCGAGAUAGAACAACCAAUAGUGAAAAAGAACGACACCGGGAUCAGGAGCGGAAUCGCGAUCACGAGCUGGAUCGAUAUCGUGACCGCGAUCAAGAUCGAAAUCGUAAUCGUAAUCGCGAGCACGAUAGUGACAGAGACCGUGAUCGUGAUAGACACCGUGAUCGGCAUCGUAACAGCCACCAUGAUCGUCACGAAAGUCACAAGAACCAUCGUAGCAGAGAGCGAAGCCGUGUUAAAGAAACACACAAUGUUAGUAGCAAAAAACACCAAAAGCUCGUCAAAUGUCAUACACGGGAACAGGAACGAAGUUCUAGUCAAAAACAUGCAACUGACCGCCACAAACCGAGCAAAGCUGACGAUCGCCAUAAGAGUAAUACCAGGCUUUCUGAGCAUAAACAAGCACAUAAGGAUAUUGACCGUCGAACGCCAGAAUUUUCUGACAGAGCAAACCAUGAAACGGUGACAAAUACAGAUUCAGAUCAUAAAAUUAAGCAGAUGAAACAAAAAAACAUAGAAACCAAGCGGCAAGAGAUUGCUUCGAACACAUGGGAGCAGCCUAGUACAUCGAACAAAUCAUUUCACCGGAGUUCUCCAAAUUGUAGUAAAUCUUUAGAAACAGUGGACACUAAUACUACAGUACAAAUAUGUGAUGAUUCAAGGAUGCAAAAGAAACGGACUGAGGGAUUCAUUCAACAAAUGCAAGACAAUCAAACAGCAGUUAAUGGCAAUAGCUAUCAGCCUAAGAAAGCAUACAGUGAAACACCGUUAUCGUUAAUAACAGAAGCACCUCCCGCCAAACAUCAUAUUCAAACCAACAUUACCAACGCCUCUGAUAAGAAACAGGACAAGCGGAACAAAGCAUCCAAAAGCAAAUCAAGAAGUGCAGCUGCUGAUGAUGAAAAUAACGAUGCUGGGAAAAAGGAGCAACAAAAUAAGCUUUGCCCACAGGAGGCAACAACAGAUGAGCCAAAUGAAUCAUUAUUGGAAUUUGAACGAAAAGUCGAAUGUUUGGAUUCUUACCAGCAUAAUACAAUUCAGUCAAAAGCUGCAAAUCGACAGCUACAGAAAUCGAGUCAACAAGAAGCAACCAAACACGCAGAUUUAAUUGCCCCUGUAACAACCAAAAAAGAUGAUCCGGUGCAUAAUCGGGAGACUAACAGUGUGUUACCAUUAUUCACCAGUGUUGUGGAGAAUUCAGUUUCGGCUGAAUCAUCUAAUACAAAUAAUUGGUCAACGAACGACAAACAGCAGCAUUCAUUAUCAAUUUCUGAACGCAAUUCAUUGAGUGAAAGCAAGUCACUUUGCUUGAACUUGAACGAUACACGUUCGAACAGCUAUUCUGCUGUGUUAGAGAGUGGCGUAAAUCAACCAUCGGAACCUACGACAAUGUCAAUUCAAACUUACUUUAUGACUUUCAAUGAGCAAGACGAUGAGCAUGAAAAGAGUACCCGAGAGGAUGCAGAAAGUUUGCCAAUGAAUGUGGAAACGAUCAGUGAAAAUGAUACGAUUGUAUUGAGCGUAGCUUCCGAAGUUGAAGUUGAAACCAACAGUACACCCAUUGAUACUAUGAGUGAGAUCAGAUGUAAAGCUAAAGUAUCCACCGCCGAGGCCAUACGUGAAAGGUUACGGAAGAGGACUAGUGCCAAUGUACAGAAAGCAACACCUGCCAGCAAGAUGUCGAUGUCUAGCAUUUUUCCUAAAAGAAGGUUGUCUAUCGAUAGUGUAGUUAGCAUUACGGGUAAGAGAAAAAAGGUAGAAAAUACGACAAUGGUCGAUGAUGCAAAGCAAUCCUGUACCCCUUCUACCAAACUUUCGUCGACGUACUUUUCACCAAUUGCUUUACCGAUCACUUCUGUCCUUGACAGUAUUUCUAAUAAAUUAAAGUCACCGACCAUGAAGCACAGUGCUUGGGAUAGCAUGCUAAUGACACCGAUGGUGGUAGUACACUCGCCGGCUAAGCCGUCACAGAACACAAACCAACAUGUGCCAAAUUAUUACGCGUCAAGUCCUUCGGACGCAACGUUAUACAACAUAAUGGAAUCUCUUUUUCAGACGCCUAUUAAGAAUGAAGCACCCGACAGAGUAUCACCACCGAGCGCCACGGACAAUUCGAAUGACGAUGCUCGCCAAAAAUCAACGACCACAAUAUUAACGAGUUACGAAAAUGAAGGAACAUGUUCAACUCCACUUAGCUCUAAACCAAUGGCACGAUUUUGCCCAGAUGAUGAUCAUACAGCAAAGCAGUUAUCGCAUAAGUCAACAGCAACUCCGACCGGAGUAUCGUUCACUAAAGGGAAUAAUAUGGAAAGGCUCAAUCCGCAAACUCAAACGACACAACCAGUGAAGCGCAACUGCCCCGAGCCGGAAGCGUGCACUUCGAAAGACAUUAAAGCCCCGAUACAAGCUGACCCACACCCACAGCAUUUGAUCGACCGGUCGAUACUAGAACCAGUCAAUAGUGCGAGACCGGAGACGACAAGUUCCCAAACUAAUGCGGAACAACUACCAGUGUCAGUGAAUGCCGCCCCUACUGCUAAUGCUCAAGCUCGGGACAAAGAAGAGGUAACUUCCACAUGUGUGGUAAGUAAUGUUACCCUUAACCUUUCCCUCGCAGACAAUACGUCAAAAAAAUACAACAGCCUGCGUAAAUCUUCAGCUCCGGUGCAUCAUGUGCGAGAAAUGCGUAUAGUUAAGGAGAGCCCAUCAUUGAUGCGAAUUUAUAUAAAACGAAAAUAA